GCACGUGCACUGACUCGGAAUCACUAUUCAGUAUUCACUAGAGCCUCUCACACAUGUUUGAUUUAACAAAAUUUAAAAUCCCCAAUCCCUCUUCAAUUUCGCACCCUAUGCAUAAUUUGAAACCCUAGGUUGCACUGCGAGCCAAAAAUCAGCCGAAAAAUUGAAGACAAAGGAUUCAUCGGAGCCAAAAAAAGAUGAUGAAGGUGUUCGGACUGAAGAAAGAUAAGGAAUCCCCUCCGUCAAUUCAAGAUGCCUCCGAUCGGAGUAAUAAAAGAGGAGGCAGCGUCGAUGAAAAGAUAAAGAAACUUGAUGCUGAACUAAUGAGAUACAAAGAGCGGAUCAAGAAGUCCGGGCCGGGCCCAGGGCAAGAAGCUGUCAAAGCCAGAGCCGCGAGGCUUCUUAAGCAAAAAAGAACGUAUGAAGGUCAACGGGAUAUGCUGUACAGCCAGACAUUUAAACUAGAUAAAGUCGCAUUUGCUGUCGAGGAAGUAAAAGAUGCUGAACAAAAACGCCGCAUAGAAGAAAGUUCAAGACUUGCUAGGCCGGGCUUAUUCUGUAAUGUACUUGGAACCUGCUGCCUACCUCCUUAGAGAUCCAUUGAUAUAAGGCUGAUAUCAUUAUAAAACAAUUUUGCUUCACUUUUCAAGAUGUCGGCCUUAACGUCGGCAAACGAAGAACUUCAAAGGAAUGGCGAAAACUAGGGGUGGUAAACGAGCCGAGCCGACUCGUGAGCUCGACAAGCGGGCUCGUAAAAAGCUCGAACUCGGACUC